AACUAACGUUAUAAUGAAGCAUAAUUCUUAUUUUUCUUACAUCCUACUUGCCUUGUUUAUGCAUUUAUGCAUUGCAUUUAAUUCAGUAGACGGAGAAGCUUUCAACGGAACAUGUCAAAUCCAAAAUUCAACAACAAAGCAAGCGUACAUCAACUGGCCAUUCAGUGUCAACUGUGAUUAUUUGAAAUCUAUUUGGAAAACGAAAACACAGAAUAUUGAUGAUGAUAAUAUUCAAUGCAUCAUAACUCAGGGAGACAUCUUGAUCAACGACACAAUUCUAGAACUAGCAUCACUCACUGAUAACUCGAACUAUACUGCUAAACUGAUUAUCAAUAACACUAUUUGCUUGGCAAAUGAAGUACGAGUUGUUCCUCGACCUUUCCCGGAAGUAUGUAAGGAAGUGGUAAAUGACGCCAUCUUUCUUGAAUCAACAAUUGGGGAUAGUGUGCAAUUGAAUUGCAGACCUCCAGAAGACGAUCCAGAUAUAAUUCCAGCAGGAGCAGAUCAAUCUAAGUUUAAAACUAGAUGGUACGUUAACUGUAAAGAUGAUAAAUAUAGAACCAAUAAUUUAUGGAGUGAAUUUCCGGAUCCUGGAUACCCGAAUGGAUUGAGAAUGCCACGAGUUGAUUUCUACGAUGCCGCAGACUUUACAUGUACAGUAAAAUACGAAGGAAAAAUAUUGUAUGCUGUUACAUACGCACAAUGUAUAAAGCAGCGCACCAAAUCCAUCAAUCCUACAAUCACCUGUACCAAUGACGAGACUGAAGCACUCGGUGAUACUGCUGUACUUGAUUGCACCGGACAGAUAGUAUUGGGAACCACGCCGUCAGAACAUUUUGCAGCACAAUGGAAAAGGAACGGUGAUACAAUUUGCGAAAACAAUUUUUUCAACCAGACAAGUUUUGGAGUCUUUGACCAAAGACAAUCAUGCAUCGUGGAAGGCAACAAUGACUCUGUUGUUUGUGUCGUUGACGGUGCAAAUACGGAGGGUGAGGAAAUACAACACGAAAGAAAGACAAUCGAUAUAAAACUCUAUAUUCGAGACCUGAAAAGCAACGAUAUGGGCCAAUAUACUGUCAACUUGGGUUAUUUCGAUAUAUCAUCUAACUCGUGGAAGAUGGAUGAGUGGGAUGUGCAACUAAAUGAAGACAAUACGCCACGACUACUUCGACUCAUCAUGAUUCUUAGUAUAUGCCUGGGUGUGCUGAUAUUCAUUAUAAUGCUGGUCCUGCUUUAUAAAAGAUUUGAGAUCUACAUUCUUGUUGCGUACAAGAGAUCAUGGCUAUGGAAAUAUGAUAGAGACGACAAGCAAUAUGUCUGCUAUCUUUCAUAUCUAUAUGAUACUGACACACUUUCUGAUGAAAGUCUCAAAGCUACAUCCACCGUCGUAUACGCCAUUCAAAACCUGUUGGAAGAUUUGAAUUAUACAUACUAUGACGAACAAAGGCAGAUUGAUUUUACAGUUCAAGUUGAAAGAAUCACAAACCUUGUAGAAAGAUGUCACCGAAUGGUUUUUGUCUUGACUCCUGAAUAUCUAAAUGAUCGCUGGAUGAGAUUUCACGCGGAAUUGGGUUUUCAUGGACUUCUUGAGUCUCAAAUGGGCCUGAUAUUUAUUCUCACUCCGGGAACGAAGAGAGUGCUGAAGAAACUAGCAAGGACUGACAAAGUUUGGCAAAGGCUUUUGAUUGCUAUCAAGACAAACCAUGUUAUAAAAUGGAGAGAAGGAAUGAACGAAGAUAAGUUGAAGAGAAACAUCGAAUACAGACUUCCAAAACUUGCUCGAAGAAUUAAAAAAUUACCUGGUUCGGAUUCGAGCUCGACUGAUGGUUGUAAUCUAGAUUAUACUAGAUCUGUGAGCCAAACCACAACUCAUACAAUGGUGUCGGAUGAUGGGGCUGCAGAGGGUGACUUUAGACUGUGAUGUGAUUCUGAACAUUCCAUGUGAAUUGCAAACAUGUAUUUUUAUUUACAAUCUUCUAGCAAACUUGUAUGAAAGGGAGGGAUGGGCAUUUUCGAAUACUUGAUGAUUUCAGAUAAGAAUCGGAUCUCAAAUACCCCAAGAAUGUUUGAAUUAAUACAAAGACGUUAUUAUAUGUCCUCCUUUAUUGUAAUGGGUUUAUACAGAAACAAAAUAUCACUGAGAACAUAGUAUCUAUCAUUCAGUCUGUUCGCUGAGUUUUCAUACAACCAUGCGGGACUCAUUUUAAAAAUACGAAGAGCGCUGAUAGCUAUGAAAGAAUUGCACAUAGCAGCGAUUGAAACUUACCGACGGGAGAUGACUCUACAGAAAAUAGAAGGGUUCACCUCAACCUUUGUUGAACAAAAAUUAAACAAGAUGGCGCAAUUUGAAUUUCGUCUGAGAUGACUCUAAUAAUUCAUUAUUCAAUUCGAAAUCACCAGCCCUAAUACAAUGCAGACUGAACAAAGAUUUCUAUAUGUUGACAUUACAUAACAAUGUUGAAAUUUGUUUAUUAUAUGAGACUGAGUAUUAUCUUUAUUAUUAUUUUAAUUGAGAGUUAAAAAGCUUGGAAAAAGUUUUAUUUCCGUAAAACAUUUUCUGUACACCAUCCUAAUCUGUGAAGUAUUUUUCAAUUUAAUUUCUCUCGCAUGGUUUCAAAGACUUGAUAUUCACCAUAACACAUUGGCAUUCCAAGGGACUUAUUUUAUUUAGACUAUACUUUGCUAUACUGGUUAAGCCGGACUGAUAUUCAGUAAGUUCGCAUUUUUUAUUAUAAUACUGUUUUAUUUUUUUUAUUAUAUCUGUUCCACUUUAUCUUUUAUCGUGUGCCAUAGUUUAUUAAAAAUAUAUAGUAUUUAGUAUUAUUUCAAAUGUGAGGUUGGAAGUGUUUGAAGCUAAAAUCCUAUUUUUUUCUUUUCUUUUUUCUAUGAGACUGGGCACUCUAAAUAAAAUACUUAAGUGCUUUGCCCCCCAAAAAGCCUUAGUUUAUUAGCUUGUAUUGCAUAGGUUCGAUCAUAGGUUUGGUGAAGUAUCGCAAAUAAUAAAUCAUUGGUUACAAAGUAUACCAAAAUUUGGUUCUGAAAUUACUUGUUAUCCGAAAUUUAAUCCCGUUCUGAUUAUUUGUUAUAUUUUAUGCAUUAGUUAAAAUGUGAAAGCUUAAACGUUGAUUCUCGAUUUGAAAGUCUUUUUUAUUUACUGUGUUAUUCAAUAUAUUGCAGCCGCAAAACUUUGUGCGGCAUCACUCGAUUCUAGAAGCCAUUGCAAUAGUUUUAACUCUUUUUUAUUAUAUGUUCUCUGAGGAACUACGCGAUAAAUGAUUCAUAUUUACAGGGGGUGAGAAGCCGAUUUUCAUUAUAUCAAAUGCAUAAAUAUUAAUUUUCUCAUUAUUAUGAAAGAUUUUGAUUUAAUUUGAACAAAUUUAAAACUGAUUUAUGCAACUAUUUUUUGAGGUCACAUCUGUAUGAAAUAUUUCCUGGAGACCUAGAUGAUAAAUAAAAUAUAUUAAAUGUUCGUUUUGAACACUAUUUCUUUCGUGUCGAAUGAAUAAAUGGUGAUAUAUUUUAUAUCCCCAAUUUGAAAAGUGUUACAUUAGGCUGAAUGAUUGAAAAUCGAUUUAUGCAAGUUUUUUGAAGCCGCAAUUUGCAUCUGCAAAAAUUUCUUUUCAUGAUUUUUGUGUUCUUUUAUUCUAGAUUUUUAGGUAAUGCAUUUUAGCUCAGCGACGUGCGUUCUAUUUUAACUUUCGAUUAUGAAAUUGUAACCUGUGAAACAUUAUUCUGUCCCACAAUAAAUUGUAUAGAUACUGAUAUAUUUUGAACUCCAUAUUCCAUCAAAUGUGAGAUUGGUUGAAAUACUGAAAUGUUUUUCAAUCGUUGUAUAUCAAUUUAAUGCAACUACUCAUUCUUGUAAAUAUGCCUUGUUUUUUUCUCACUCUGUUUGAAAUAUAUUUGAAAAUAUUUUUCAAAUAUAUUAAAUCUUAAAAUGGGUGUUGUCACUUUUCGCUGCAAAAUAUUUAACGUGCGUUUUUAAACAAUAUCUUGGGAAAUCGAAUACUUCAGGAUAAUAUGACUAGCCUCACGCUUUACGGUACGUCAUAUUUUGAAUUUUACUUGGUAUAAGUGGAUUCACAUGGUUU